UAUAGAGCGCGAGAAAUACUAAACCCAGAAAUGUGAUUCCUUGAAUUGCCCAUUCGACUCUCAAAGCUUUCCGUGGGAACAUCGGAAACGUCAAGAUGGGAGAAGCACUUUUCGAACUUGAAAACGUUCUCAGAAAGGAGAAAAUCACUAGUCAAGAAGCAAAUAUACUGAUGCAAUGCAAGUCAAACGCUCUCAGAGCGUUCACUCUUGGUGCUACUGGUGCUGCUGCUGUGAGUUGGUUUGCCAGUAUGAAGCUUCAUAAUGUACACCGCGUUUUCCUGACAGCAGGAGGUUCUUUUGUUGUUGGAAUGCGGACUUUUGGUAGAUCUCUAGAUUCGUCUCUUAACUACAUUCUUUCUCUGGAUGGGACUCGGAUGCAGAAAGAAUUGGGAGUUCUAAUGUUGCAAAAGUAUCAGGAUGACCCAACCAUAAUGCAACGUAUCUCCAAGCAUUUUUACUCAGAAGAGGUUUAUGAUGAUUCAUCAGACCGACCAAGAUUAAGAUGGCGUUUCCGAAACUCCUUUGGAGAAAAUGCAGCUUAUCCUCUGGUGACUGAUGAGCAUGCUUCGAACAGUGAGAAAUCUGAUCAAAAGAGGACUAUUUCAAAGAAUAGUGAUCCGGAACCAAACCAAGCUCAAAUGAAUGCUGCUGGUGAUGCUGUGGAGAACCCAUUUGAUUGCAUUUUCGGGAUUCCGGCAGAGGUAAAUGAGAUUCAGCAGACUAAUAGAUCUAAUGCUGGUAGAUCCAAAGCGGUCUCCAAAAGACAUGCUCAUGGCAACAAGCGAUUUCAUCGUAGACAUCGGAAGCAUCAGCAAGAGGCUUCUGAGGCCUGAGUUCAUAAACUGUUUUAGACUGGGGCGACAUCCAAGCCAUUACCAUUACGAGACUCAUUUCGGUCUGGCUGAAGCAGGGAACGGCCUUUCAUGGUUAAAUGCUUAUUAAUAUAGGCUACAUAGCUUAUAUGAUUACUUAAAGCUGAUUCAUGAACCAAUUCUACUACGAUGGUAAGUUGUUUCACGCUAAGUUAUGAACAAGCUGUGUCAGCCAGCUUCUUCACAGUUUUGUCCUUUCAGGAAUGAUACAGUUGUAUGCAUGAAGGUUCUUUUGGAAUAGUAGGAUUUCUUCGUGAAUUCUUUUGUUUUGUUUUUUUUUUUCCUUGGGGAAAUACGGUUUAUGUACUGUAACAGUCAAAUAAGUACUCCCGUCUUCUGUCUGCUACUAGUAUAAUUUAUCAAUUGAAUGGUUGUAAGCAUCCAUGAUUACAAAAAUCUUUUGUA